CUUGGGGCGGGGCAGGGCGCGGUCCGGUUGGCGGUUGUGGGCGGGGCCGCGGUGACGCGACAGCCAAUCAGCGCGGCCGGGAGGGGAGUUCGAAUCGGCGGAGCGGCGGCGUCCGGCGGGAGCGAUGAGGAAAAGCGAGGUCCUGGCGGCCGAGGCCGCGUCCUGCCUGAACCGGGCCAUGGCGGCCCUGCGGGACAUCUGGGAGGAGAUCGGCAUUCCCGAGGAGCAGCGCCUGGAGCGCACCGACGUCGUCAAGCAGCACAUCAAGAGUCUCCUGGACAUGAUGGUGGCAGAGGAGCAGAGCCUGAAGGAGCGUCUCCUGAAGAGCAUCGCCGUGUGCCGGAAGGAGCUGGACACCUUGUGCAGUGAGCUCCAGCUGGGCCCCUUUGAGACAGAGGAGGAAAGUACCAUCCUGCAGAUGGAGAAGAAUCUGCGCAUGCGUGUGGAGGAGCUGCAGAGGCAGAAGCAGGAUCGGAAGCAGGAGCUGAAGGCCCUGCAGGAACAGGACCGGGACCUGUGUGAUAUCCUAUGCACAGCCCUGUUCAGCAUUGACAGCAGUGCCGUGCCCAGCCUGGAGGACCUGGACUGCUACCGGCGCCACGUGGCCUCCCUCAACACCCUGAAGGAGCAAAGGCGGGAAGAGUUUGUCAGCAACAAGCGUCAGAUCAUCCUGCUCAUGGAGGAGCUGGACCACACCCCGGACACCAGCUUUGAGCGGGACGUGGUGUGCGAGAACGAGGAGGAGUUCUGCCUGUCCAAGGACAACAUCGUGGCCCUCCAGAACCUGCUGCAGCAGCUGGAAGCUCGGCGGGCUCUGAACGAGGCCGUGUGUGCGGAGCUGCGCUCCAGGAUUGUUGCGCUCUGGGAAAGGCUGCAGAUCCCACAGGAGGAGAGAGAGACCUCGGCCGUGCACAUGGAUGGGUCCAGAGCCAAAACCAGGAGAGCUUUGCAGUUGGAAGUGGACCACCUGGAGGAGCUGAAGCUGCAGAACAUGAAAUCCGUGAUCCAGGCAAUCCGGGCAGAGCUGGCUGACUACUGGGACAAAUGUUUCUACAGCCAGGAGCAGAGGGAAGGCUUCAGCCCCUUCUAUGAUGAGGAUUACACAGAGACCCUACUCGAGCUGCAUGAUCAUGAGGUGGGCAAGAUAAAGAGCUACUAUGAAACACACAAAGAUCUGUUUGAGGCGGUUCAGAAAUGGGAGGAAAACUGGAAGCUGUUCCUGGAGCUGGAGAGAAAAGCAACUGACCCCAGCCGCUUCACCAACCGUGGGGGGAACCUGCUAAAGGAGGAGAAGCAGCGAGCAAAGCUGCAGAAGACACUGUCCAGGCUGCAGGAGGAGCUGGAGAGAAAGGUCCAAGCCUGGGAGCAGGAGUUCAAGGAGCCUUUCCUGGUUAAGGGGCAGCAGUUCAUGGAAUACGUGUCAGAGCAGUGGCAGCUGUACCGCCUAGAGAAGGAGAAGGAGAAGCAGGAGCGGCACCUGAAGAAGAGCCGGCAGAUAGAAACAGAGAUGCUGUAUGGCAGCACCCCACGGACCCCCAUCAAGCGGCGUGUCCUCAGCCCCCACACACCUGCCAAAGUAAGGAAGUUCCAUGGCACCUCCAUCACCAGCACUACUCCCAACAGCACAGUUCGCUCAGCCUUUGGAGGAACCAUCUCCCACUCUCCCACGUCUCGGCUGCCGCCCUCUGGGAAGAAGUUUGGCCGUGCCCGGACCCCCAGCCGCACGGCGGCGAAGCCCCCCCGACCCAGGCUGAGGCAGUGGAACAAGGAGAACAUGUCCCAGCUGGAUGGAACCACCCUGAGCGGUGGGUGCACCCCCACAGCCCCUGCCCAGCGUAACCACAGCGUUAGUUCUGUUGCCAGCACCUAUUCUGAGUUUGUGCGCGAACUUUCAAAGGCUUCCAGCUCUGAAAGCACCUCCCGCAUCCUCAACUCCACCACCACCAACGCCUCGUGCUGAGGCCCCUGCACCCGGCAGGAUUCGCUGCUCCAGCUCCAGUCACCCGCUCCAGGAUAACCCACCUCCAGCUCCCCCCUUGAGAAAUUUGCUUUUAUUUAAAAAAUUUUUCCAGAUGUUGUGAAUAAAGUCCCUGUACAGUCCACAA